AUGAACAACAUCUACUGUCCGAACGAAAAUAUUUCAAUCGAUGAAUCAAUGAUGUUUUGGAAGGGACGUCUUGUAUUCAGGCAAUAUGUUAAAAAUAAAAGACAUAAGUAUGGUAUCAAGUUCUAUGAGCUUUGCGAAUCGGAUGGUAUUGUGCUAAAAGUAAAAAUUUACUCUGGUGAGACAACUCUCGAUAAAAAUUUGUUGGGUCAAACUGGAGCUAUUGUUUUAGACUUAAUGGAAAAGUUUCUAGAAAAAGGUUAUCACCUGUACACCGAUAACUUCUACAAUUCUUUUGUACUAACAAAGCCCAUGAUAAGUCAAAACACAUACAUAUGUGGUACGUUAAGAACUGACCGAAAGUCAAAUCCAAAAGAAUGUACAAAAGCUAAACUGAAACGGGGUGACGUUAUAAGCAGAAGCAGAGAGGGUGUAGUGGUUGCGAAAAAUAAAAGAGACGUGCUAAUGAUUAGCAACUUGCAUUCGUUACAAAUGAUUGAAAUAACAAACAGGAGAAGAGAGAAGAAAAUGAAACCCAACAUUAUAAAAGAUUAUAAUCAAUAUAUAUGGUAUGAGAAAGUAGCACUUCAUCUCUUUGAUAUUUUUGUGCUUAACGCUUACUGCUUAAGCAGCAAACACGGAGUAGAUAAAACAACUUCUUUGCUUAAGUUUAGAGAAUUAUUUGUUACGGAUUUAUUGGGUGAUCGCUUAAAUGAAAUUGUUCCUCGAAUCACCUAUAAUAGUCUCCACUACAUGUCUUCGAUACCGCCGAAUGAAAAGAAAAAACUGCCUACAAAACCAUGUCGUGUUUGCUCUAAAAUAAAACGAAAAGAAACACGAUAUGAAUGUGCUGUUUGUGAAAAUAGACCUCCGUUAUGCGUUUGCGAAUGUUUCAGAAUGUAUCAUUCAAAAGAAUAG